AUUUUUUCAAAAAAAAAAAAAAAACCUCGCAGGAGAAUAUAUAAAUACUGAGAAUUUCACCACUAUUGAGGUGCAAGCCGUCGAAGCAAAACCCUAGAAGCUCCAACCUCUCUUCUUCCGGAGUGAAAAUGACAACAGUGCCUGGACAAUUGAUAUGGGAGAUCGUGAAGAGGAACAAUUGUUUUCUGGUGAAAGAGUUCGGCAAUGGAAAUGCUGGCGUCCAAUUUAGCAAAGAGCCUAACAAUCUCUACAAUCUCAACUCUUAUAAAUACUCUGGGCUAGCCCAGAAGAAAAAUGUUACUAUCCAGCCAGCUGGUAAAGAUCAAGGUGUCUUACUUGCUACAUCAAGGACCAAGAAGCAGAAUAAACCAGCAAAUUUGCUUAACAAGUCCAUCAUGAAGAAGGAAUUCCACCGCAUGGCAAAGGCAGUUUCAAACCAGGUGGCUGACAACUACUAUAGGCCAGAUUUGAAGAAAGCAGCCCUUGCAAGGUUGAGUGCUGUAAACAGAAGCCUCAAGGUUGCCAAAUCUGGUGUGAAGAAGAGGAACAGACAGGCUUAGGUCUGUUACCGGAAGUGGUGUUAAGUGAUGGUGGCCAAGUCACCGGUUCAGCUCAUUUGUUUUUUAAAACCAUGGUAGACUUAGUUUGAAGAUGAAAAAAUUGAAUCAGAAUAUUGUCCUCUCAUUGAAAUGUUCACUGUUGGUUUGUUUAAGCUUUAAAGAUUUUGUGACCA